AUGAAGUUCGCUACCACUCUCUUCGGUCUCCUUGGCUCUGCCGCCAUGGCUAGCGCUGCUACCGUCACCUUCUGGACUCUUGACGACAAGGUCCGCACCGUCACCUUCACCAGCAACGAGAACCGCUGGCCCAUUGCCCCCGUCACCGUCAGCAACAAGGAGAAGACCGUUGUGACCUUCCCCGACAACUACGUUGGCAACUGGUACUCCACCAUCGAGGGCGAGGCCAAGGCUGCCCACCCCCUCCUUGGCGAGGUCCAGUUCGGAGGAUGGGGUGGCAAGACCUACUUCGACGUCUCCGCCGUCGAUGACCCGACCAUGCAGGACAAGAAGAACGUCCAGAAGCUCUGGCCCGCUGGCCAGAGUGGCCCCUGGUCCGGCUGCGACGAAAGCUCCUGGGCUGGUUGCCAGACCCUCUACAUCCUUUGGGAUGAUGUCCAGACCAAGGUUACCGAGCAGACUGAUCUCAUCCAGACUCUCGGUGUCGGUGCCACUCCCGUCCAGCUCGCUGCCUUCGUUUAA